AUGGUGCUGGCCUACCAUAACCCGUCGUCCAAGAACGGCACGGCGCUGGACCUGGGCUGCGGCCACGGCCUCAUCGCGCGCGAGCUUGCGCCGCACUUUGGUCGAGUGAUCGCCAUCGACCCGAGUGCGGGCAUGGUCAAGCAGGCGGCCGACUCGACGCAGGAUCCCAAAAUCACGUUCCGGCAGGCGAGCUCCGAGGACCUGUCGUUCGUCGAGGACAAGUCGGUGGACCUCGUCGUCGCGGGACAGGCGGCGCACUGGUUCAACUACGCCAAGGUGUGGCCGGAGCUCGCGCGCGUGGUGCGCAGCGGCGGCACGCUGGCGUUCUGGGGGUACAAGGAUAACAUCCUCGUCGGGUUCCCCGAGGUCAACGACAUCUUUGACCACUUUUGCUACGGCGAGGGCGAGGCGUCGCCGGGCAGCGGGUGGGAGACGAUGGGGCCGUACUGGGAGAAGCCUGGGCGGCUGAUCCUGAGGGACAACUUGGAGGCGGUGGUGCCGCCCGAGUCGGAGUGGGAGGGGGUCAAGCGCAUCGUGUACGACCCGGACCGGCGGACGUCGCAGAUCGGGGCCGAGGUGGACCCGGAGGCGGCGUGGCAGCGCAAGACGCUCAAGCUGGGGGAGUUUGAGGGCUACGUGCGCACCUUUAGCGCGUACCGCGGGUGGAGGGACGCACACCCCGAGGUCAAGAGCCGAGCGGAGGGAGGGACGGGGGACAUUGCGGAUCUGCUCUUUGAUCGGUUGCUCGAGACGGUGCAGGAGUGGAAGGCCAAGGGGGACAAGUGGCGGGAUGUCGAGGUCGAGGCGGUUUGGGGCACCACGAUCAUCCUGGCCAAGAGGAAGUGA